AUGGCUGAUGACGACGAUAAUAUUGGCUUCAAUAUCACAGCACAAGAUUGGGCCGCUGGGCUUAAUCCACUUCGGUCGACUGGCAAGCGACAGAGCAAAAAUCAGGCUAUUUACGGUGUUUGGGCUGAAGACGAUAGUGAUGAAGAUGAUCGUAAGAAAGAUAGGAAAAGAAAAGACUAUUCAUCUGCCCCCUUGAACUUUGUGAGUGGCGGCUUCAAAGAUGAAGAUCCAAAAGGUGAACCGAACGUUACAAAACCCAAAAGCGAACCAAAAAGUGCAAAAGCUUCGACCAGCAGCAAGCAGCGCACUGGAUUUGCUGGAUUCGGUGACUCUAGAAAUAGUGCAAUGAAUCCAGGCAAUUCGCAAAACUUUGGACAAUGGGAAAAGUACACAAAAGGCAUCGGUAGUAAACUGCUUCAAAAGAUGGGCUAUCAGCCUGGAAAAGGUCUUGGAAAGAACCAGCAAGGCAUCACGGCUCCAAUUGAAGCAAAGUUACGCCCCGGAUCCGGUGCGAUUGGAGCUUAUGGCCCAGAGACCAAAGCACCGCCGUUGAAUAGGCCUGAGAGCACCAAAGAAGGCGACGACGAUGAUGUAGCAAGUGACAAUGAUGAUCAAGGAUGGAAGAAGGGACACGAGAAAAAGGCAAAGGUGAAAAGGGUGAAAAUUAUCACCAAAUCAACAGAAGACAUCAUCACUGAAAGUGUCCUUGAUUCUUGGAACAACAAAACAGUCGAUGAAGGGAGCCGUAUGAAAAUUAUUGACAUGACUGGACCUGAGAAACGCAUCCUAAGCAGUCUUUCACAUUUGCACACUUCACGAGCUAAAAAACCUAAAGAUGACUAUCAUCCAACGCAAUUGAAUGCUCGCUUCGACGUUCCAGAACUAAAGGGAAAUCUUGAGCGUCUAAUUCGUUUAAAUGAAAACAUGAGAGUUAAAGGAAAACAGGAUUAUCAAAGAGAUUUGAAACACUUGGAUGAUCUUGAAGAUGAGAGAGAACGUUUGAAAAAGCUAGUUGAAGAAGAGGAGUGGCAGCUAAAGCAGUUGGAACUGUACGACACCUUUGUUCAAGAGCUGGAAGACAGGUCGAAUGAAAUUGAAUGCGAUGAUAGUAUGGACUCUUCGAUAGAGGUGUUUGUUGACAAAUUCGAGUCAUUCUACACAGCUGAACUUAAAAAGACAUUCAGUCGAAUGCUCGGAUUAGAUGAACUGAUCCUCUGCACGCUUGGACCACGACUGCGAAAAGAGCUGCUGUUUUGGAAGCCCUUUGGAAAUGAUGAUCGCAUCUUGAAGCUUUACCAGCGAGUGAAGGGCAUCACGUGUCGCAGCAAAACAUUUGACAUUUUACUUUGGGAGUACUGGAAUCCGGCAGUGGCCCGAGCACUGCAGCAAUGGCCGUCAAUGAAAAACUACGAACCGGUGAUGGUGUUUGUCCGCAAGUGGCAUACAGUCUUGCCGAAGUGGCUCUUCGAGUACAUGAUCGGCAGCCACCUGCUACCGCGAAUCACCCGUGAGGUGGAAGAGUGGGAGCCCUCAAAAGACCCCAUUCCCAUUGAUCAGUGGACUCUACCCUGGGGCGCUACGCUGCUCGACGUCGAAGUGAGCCACACGGAUAUUGACUUUCUCUUUGAGCCCAUCUACGACAUUAUCCGCCACAAGCUGGCCAGAGCACUCGGCCCCUGGCAGCCCAGCGCCACCGACAACAGCGUCCUGCAGAUGAUGAAGUUGUGGAAGGACGUAUUUACGCCGACUGCAUUCCAGAACUUUAUCGAGAGCAACAUUGUGCGCAAGCUAGAGAUGAUGAUGGGCACGGUGAGAGUGAACCCGCUCUGUCAGUCGCUGGUCGAGUGGGACUGGGUGAUGUCCUGGCGGGAGAUGAUCACCACCAGUUCGCUGGUGAGCAUCAUUGAGAAGUGCUUCUUCCCCAACUGGCUCCUCACGCUGCACAACUGGCUCUGUCAGCCGAUUGUCGACUUUAAGGAGGUGCAGAACUGGUACCGCGAGUGGAAGGACCGCCUCACUGCGCAGGGCGUCACCGACCACGAGACGAUCAAGGAGCAGCUGAACAAGGCGCUGAGCAUGAUGCACCACCGAGUGGACGCCAACAUUGGCCUGAAGCCCUUCCUCGAGUACCACAAUCCUCGAGCGAUUCCACCAGUUCAACAGCAGGUCCCACAACAACCACCUCCUCCACCACCACCUCUGCUUCAUCCGGAGCCACCGCUGAUGUACAUGCACGCCCCUCCGAUGAUGCAGGCGCCGGUGUACCUUCAAUCGGACUCGAUCAACUUCCGACAGCUGGUGGAGAUGAGGGCGAGUGAGUGUGGAGUGCUCUUCAUGCCGGUGGCCAAUCGCUUCCAGGAGGGAAAGCAGGUCUUUCAGUUUGGCCAGUACAUGGUGUACAUUGACAAUCAGGUGCUCUUUAUGCAGCGGUUUGUCGGUGGAAACCGAGUCUGGACGCCCAUCAUGCUCCAGGAGCUGAUCAACCUGUGUCUGCAGUAG